AUGCUAGAAAUUAGAUGGGUUGUUGCUGUUGUAUUUUUUGAGUUAAUAGUAAAUGUAACUGGUUUAUAUUUACCAACUCAACAAGUACAACAGUUAGAAAAUUACCAUAGCUUUAAGGUAGUUAAACCACCAUAUUUAUAUUCGAUUGACCAUUAUUUUCAACAACAUGAACAUUCAAACGAAGAAGAACAAGUGAACGAAGAUGCCGAAAUCUCCGAUAUCAACAAUAUUGGUUUAAAGCCCCAUUAUACCUGGGAUAAAAUUCUUGAUGAUAUUCGUCAUCUUAAUAAGAAACAUAAGAAACAUCAAUUUAAAUUAUUCUUUCUUCAAAGACACGGAGAAGGAUGGCAUAAUUAUGCUAUGGAAGAAAAAUAUAACAGUACUGAAUGGAAAUGUUAUUGGCAAUUACAAUCGGGAGAUUUUGAUGGUACAAUUGAAUGGGAUGAUGCAGAAUUAACUCCAAAAGGAAAACAACAAGUAGAUGAUUUAUCCAAACAAUUUAGUCUCGAAGGUAUUCCAAAACCUUCGAAAUAUUUUGUGAGCCCAUUAAGAAGAACUUUAGAAACAUGGGAAAGAAUGUGGAGAAAUAGUAAGGAAAAUUCAGUUAUUCCUGUAGUUAAAGAAAAAGCAAGAGAAACUUAUGGUAUUGGUACUGAAAGUAAACGUCAUAAUAAAACUUAUAUUAUAGAUAAAUAUCCAUAUGUUGAAUUUGAAGCAGGAUUUAGUGAACAAGAUGAAUUAUGGAGUUCUGCUGAACAUGAAAGUUCACAACAUAGAAAUUGGAGAGUUCAGCAAUUGUUAAUUGAAAUUUUUGAAGAGACUCAUGAAGAUGACGAUAUUGUUAUAAGUUUAGUAUCACAUUCAGGAACAAUUAGUUCUAUAUUAAAAGUUAUUGGACAUAAAAAAUGGAAAUUACCUACUGGAUCAAUGAUUCCAGUUGUAAUUGGGAUUGAUUGGACAAAAGGUGGGAAAACUUAUAAAUUAAAUAAACCAUGGAAGACAUUUGAGGAUUAUUGUCCCAGUAAUUAA